AUUUAGAUCCAUUACUUUAAAUGGGACUAUUUGGAAAUAGUUUUUAGCUUAUUUAUAGGUUGUACAUUCUUUCGCACAAGAAUUUGGGCUUAUAAAAAUGUUUUGAAUUUCAAUUUCGAAACGGAUUUGGGUUUUUACGUGAGUAAAACGGGUUCAACGGGUUAAAUAGGUUGCCAAACUAUUAGCUCUGUAUGAUGUAUGAAUUUGCAAAUGAGAAGUACAAGUUCUGUGACAGUAUAACUUUAUGUUUUCGACAUAUUUUCUAUGCUGCCGCCAACUAAAAUAUUUUGUGUGCUGGUGCUAUUUAGAUCCAAAGAUGAAGGCAAUCAGCCCACGAAUAUUUACCAAUUGAUUUCGUAUGAAUUGUCUGACAAAUUGCAUUUAGCUAUAACAAACAAUGGCCAAAAGUGUAGCGUCGAGCAAUUUAAUAUUAUUAAGCUCGCAUACUGCCCCGAAAAUACAAAUAUUUUUGGCCAUUAGCCCGAGUUUCACUUUCAAUCGGUGCGGGCUCGAUUUGCAUAACAAAAUGAGUUAACAAAAGAAUUUGGCUACCGCACAGCCAAACAAUUUGGAGCUGCCUCUGUCGAAGUCAACUCAGACUCGGUCGACGUCGGCUGCGCUGCCAGCGUCGCUACGCGCUGUCCAUUUGCAUAAAAAUUUUCUUUGUAAGCCGAAGUUCAUCAAAUUUUAAUCAACGCCGCGGCGGCGGCUGCUGCUUGCUUCAGUCAAUAAUUAAAGCCACCUUAAAUAAACAUGUUCGACAACAUAUUGGAACAACAUAUGACGAGCCUUAUCUUGAUAGUAUCUUAUAGUAUGAUUGUUCAACGAUUGUUCUCAGAAUGACAUACAUCUGGGUAUAAAAAUGGCACUUCACCUUUUGACCACAUCAUUCUGUGCACAGCUUCGAGUAGAACUAGAACCCCAAACAUGCGUGUUUUUGUCAUCUUAUGCCUUGUGGCUGUUGCCUGUGCGGAUAAGCUUGGCUACAACUACCAGCCGGUUGGACACUCAAGUUCAGGACUUUCAUUCAAUCCUGGCAGCGGUGUCUCCCUUGGAGGCUCAGGCGUUGGAUCCGUUGGAAGCUUGGGCAGUUCAGGACUGAUUGGUUCGGACCUCGGUAGCUCUGACCUCGGAAACUCUGGACUUGGUAGCUCUGGACUUGGUAGCUCUGGACUUGGUAGCUCUGGUAGCUUUGGACUCGGCAGCUCUGGAAUCGGCAGCUCUGGACUUGGCAGCUCAGGACUCGGCAGCUCUGGACUUGGUAGUUCUGGACUCGGAAGCUCUGGGCUAGUUGGCUCUGGACUAGAAGGACCAGUUAGUUACAAUGCCGCUCCAUCAUCGGAGCUUAACAAGGAGUUCUUUACCUUCAGUGCUAACGAGGAUGAUUUCGAUGAGCCACAAGCUUUGGAGAAAGUUUCCAACACUCUGAACAGGGGUCUGCGUGUUGUCUUCAUCAAGGGACCCGAGAACCGUGGUCUGGAGAACGCUGCUCUGGCUCUGGCUAAGCAGGCCGCCGAACAGGAGACCGCCAUCUAUGUCCUGAACAAACAGGCUGAUAUCGGCGAUCUGGCCAACAAGCUAAAUGCUAUCCGCAGCAACACCAACAACAAGCCCGAGGUGCACUUCGUCAAGUACCGUACGCCUGAGGACGCGGCUAAUGCUCAGCGUGCCAUCCAAUCGCAGUACGACUCUCUGGGAGGCAGUAGCCAGUCGCACAAUGGAGGCGUGGCCAAAGCUCUAAACUUCGCCUCGGCACCACAGUAUCGUCAGAUAAAUGCUCAAAUUCCAGAAAACUCAUAUCUGCCCUCAUCUGUGCUGCGUCGUUUGCGCUAUCGUCUCUAAUUUAGAAUCCUUUA